AAUUUUCGUGAUGGUCAGCCGAUUGUGGUGGUCGCGGUCGUUAUUUUGAAACUUGACAGAUUAUGUUGUUCUGUGGUGGAAAUUGCUGAUUUUGUGUUUUGUACUUUUUUGUUUGUGCUAUAAGCUAUGUCUACUCCUACAAAAACAAGAGGGAAGCGCGCGCUUCCAAGCCUUCCUUCUAAUAAAGCGGCUAGUUCUGAUCGCAUGGUUACAACGACGCCGAAAUCGUCGAAAGUUAUCUCCAAGAAAACAAAUUUGGACUCUGCACGCGUUGACGUGACGAAGAACAGAAACUACCCCUCACAGCAGAAGCAAAAGAACGGCACGAUUAUGAAUUCGAAGGCACCAUCAACAGAGUUGAUUUCAAGAAGGAAGGAUCUUUCCUCAAGCGAGAGUGGUUCCAACACAAGUUCUCCUUUAAACUCUCCGCGAGCAACACGUAAGGCAACUGUGGGGCCGAUGGUGGCUGGGAUUAUAGACAAGUUUUCCAGCACAUCACAGACAUCAGGGGAAGGAAACGUGGUCAAAGAAGAGACAUCAGGGACAAUUGGUUCGGAGAAAAAGAUCGCGCGUGUUCUGCCAAUGACACCCCAGUUUAUUGAGGAACACCUGGUUACAAAUACAGAAAGUGAUCCUUCGUCGACCAAACCGUAUGACGAUUCUUCUUUGAUUAUCAAUAAACUGCAAUCCACGUUGGGGUUGUUGAAAGGCAAUGAUGGAGGGAAGGGCUUUGAAGACAAAAUGGAUUCAGGUGUUCCGCCGGCUUUAAAACCAUCCAUGUCAACAGCACCGCAACAAGUGUCUUCCGCUGAUGGCGAUGGAGAGGGUUCGAGUGUGAGGGUUGGUGUGAGAGUUCGACCUUUCUUACCAAGAGAGGAGAAGGACCCAAAUGUGAAGCUGUGUAUCUCUAUGAAGGAUCAUGAAACUAUUAUCACUUCAGAUGCUGGUAUGGAAUAUCAGUUCAAUUACGAUUAUUCCAUUUGGUCAUUUGAUCCUAAAGACCCUAACUAUGUUGACCAAGAGAAGCUUUACAAGUUGAUGGGACAGCCUCUUCUAAACAGUGCUUUUGAGGGAUAUAACACCUGUCUUUUUGCCUAUGGUCAGACAGGAUCAGGGAAGUCUUAUAGUGUUAUGGGCCAGGGAGAUGAAAUUGGUAUUUUGCCAAGAUUCUGUGAGGAGUUGUUUGAGAGGAUCAAAUGUUGGAAAGAGCUGCAGUUCACAGUGGAAAUAAGUUACUUUGAAAUCUAUAAUGAGAGGAUUCAUGACUUAUUGGCAUCAAGUAAAAAGAAAGAUGGCAAAAGGGCCCAGUUGAGGGUCAGAGAGCACCCAAUCUUGGGACCAUUUGUUCAAGAUCUGACUACGUACACUGCAAGUUCAUAUGCAGAUGUUGAGUCUUGGCUAGCUGUUGGAAAUAGUAUCAGAGCAACAGCAGCCACGGGAAUGAAUGACAAGAGCAGUCGCUCUCACUCUGUUUUCACCAUAAUCAUGACACAGACAAGGACUGAAAUAUUUGAAGAUUCAGAAACACAGAUGACCACAGCAAGUAAAAUAAAUCUGAUUGACUUGGCUGGAAGUGAGAGAGCAAGUCAGGUGUUAAAUGACCAGGUGAUCAAGACAUCAGAGACGGCAGCACUAAGACUCAAGGAAGGAGGCAGUAUCAACAAGUCCUUACAUACACUUGGUAAAGUGAUAUCUCUACUGUCAGACAGAGAAGCUCAGUCUAAGAAGAAAAUGUACAUACCUUACCGAGACUCCACUCUGACAUGGUUACUGAAGGACAGUUUGGGGGGAAACUCUAAGACAGCGAUGAUAGCAAACAUCAGCCCUGCAAGCACUUCAUUUGGAGAAUCACUGAGUACAUUGAGAUAUGCUCAGAGAGCGCGUACGAUCGUCAACAGAGCAAUCAUUAACGAGGAUCCAAAUGCAAAAAUCAUAAGAGAAUUAAAAGCUGAGAUCGAGAGGUUGAAACAGUCUCACGUUGAGGGGAACCAGCAGAUAAGCGCCAGAGCUCUGGCAGAAGUUGCCUCGUUGAGAGAGAAACUUAAGGAGACACAACACCUAUUGGCUGAGUCAACUCGGAACUGGCAGGAAAAACUUGCGUUGACGGAGAAAAGGAAGCUGGAAGAAGCAGAAAAGCUCAAGAAAGCUGGCAUCUCUUUUAAAGUGGAUAAUCGGUUACCGAACCUCGUCAAUUUGAACGAAGAUCCUCAGCUGUCGGAAAUGUUGCUGUAUAUGCUGAAAGAAGGAGAGACAACGGUUGGUCAGAAUGAUCAUGAUAUUAAACUAAGCGGUGCACUUGUUGCUGAAACACACUGUGUCUUGCGAAAUAACGGGGACAAGGUUACAGUUUCACCGAUUGGAGAUGCACCAACCUACGUCAACGGUCAGCUUAUUGUAGAAGAAACAGUUCUUCAUCAUGCUGAUCGUGUGGUUAUUGGAGGGGAUCACUUUUUCAGAUUAAAUCAUCCUAAAGAAGUGAAGAAGAGAAAGAUGAGUAAAUCUGAAGCUCCAGAAGGGAGCAGUCCAGAGGCUGCUGUUUUAAAGGACUUCGAGUUUGCAAGGAACGAAUUGGCUCAAGCACAGAAUGCAAGGCUGCAAGCGGAACUCGAGGAAGCCAAAGAAGAAGCGAGAAUCCAGGCUCAGGAGGAAAUCGUGGCUCGAAUUCAGGAAGCAAAGGAGGCUGCCCAGCAAGAAAUGACGGAGCAGAAGCAAAUCUACGAGGAGAAGGUGUCAAAUCUACAUGAAGCCAUGGAAUCUCUCACCACUGAAAAGGAACAAGCUGAACAGUCGAAGCAAACAGCAGUGGAGAAGAUUUCUGAAUUAGAGGCACACAGACUGCUUCUAGAACAAGAAAUCCUGAACAACAGAAAGAAACUACAAAUGGAAGCACUAGCUGCCAAACAGGCUUUAGAAGAAACCAAAAUGAACCAGGUACGAAUAAUCACAGAAUUGGAAAAAGAAAAGAAGAAAAUGCAAGAUGAUGUACUAAAGCUGAAGGAGGCCAAGCAAAACCGCGAGAAAAUACGAGAGGAAUUUAGGGCAUCUUUUAAUAGUAUCGGAAGGAAAAAUUCCUUAGCAGAUGAUCCGAACAAGAAGGAAUUGUUACGUAUCACCAUGUCUUUAAGGGAGGCCAACAAGAUCAGCCAAAGCUUAUCAAAGAACAUCACCUUUAGCCGGGAUGAUGUCGUAGUCGACGGAAAGUCGGAAAUGAAGAUUCGUUUGAACAAUACAAAGAAAGGUUUAACAACCCUUUGGUCCUUGGAGAAAUUUCAAAGUGCCUUGGAACAGAUGAGAGAACUUUACCAGCAACGUGAUAAUGACAGCAUAUCAGGAGAGUCUGGGGACGAAGUUGAUCCUUUUAAUGACCCGGAUGAUAAAUGGGAGAAGGAUUUCAAAUUGGACUCGGGAACUAACAGACGCAGUACUUCCACUAGUAGUUCAGGGCUGUCAGGUCGGACCAGGUCAUCCUCGACUGGAAAGGCACAAGGAUUUUCUCCUAAUAAAGCGGAAAGUAUAUUCGCCAAGUAUCGUAAUAAACAGACCCCGGGGUUACCUACAGAGGCUCCAGAGGCACCUUCUGAUGUCCCAGGGACUUCAUCUGAAAGGCCUGUUGUUACAGACACGCCCAGCAGACCUCCUAUGGCUCCAAUCGAUAGGCGAAGAAGCGAAACCAGACGACCUGGACCGUCCUUACCCAGACUUUGUAGAGAUUCACUGAAGAAUUAUGUGGAUUCAUUGAAAGCUCUAUCAGGUCCGUUUAGCGAGCCAAUGUAUGAGAAAAUUUUGAGAGUCGUGAAAGAGAUUAAAAAAAGUGUUACCACCAUCGUAAAAGCAUUUCAAGAUAAAGAAACGUCUGUCGGAGGUCUCCAAACAGAAGGUCAACAGUGCUGUGUUUCUGCCAGCAUCUCCGUACAAAUGCUAGUCGAGCAUGUGCGAAUGUGGGGCACCACUGAAAUCACUAAUGAGCCGUUUGUUGAGUUGAGCUCUCAGCUCCUUGAUACUAUCAAGCGAUUGGCUGGUCACGUGAUCAGCAUCAUCGAGAUCCUGGAUGGUUCGAGUACAAACACGGACGAUCUUGUUGCUGCUUUCACCGAUGACGUCAGACACACCGUACGUCAAACGGCCAAAAUGGCUGUUCUGUCUUCACAAGAAGAAAAACCAAAAGACGGGAAUACCUCCGUGUGUGAGGAUGACAGUGAAUUAAACAAAGCGUUUGUAGAGGGACAAGACAUGUCGAUGGAAAUUUCUGUUCGUGACUCUAUAUCUGCUAUCAAUGAAAUUCAGGAACAAAUUCAAACGGACAAUUUGGACUCUGGCAGUACUGGGGUGGAAAGAGAAAUCACAGAACAUGUUCUCGCUCUCGUAAGAACCACCGGCGAUUUUAUUCAUCAGGGACGUGAAGUGCAGAUGCAAUUAGCAACAAUCUCCAAUGACCCCAGCUGCAAAAAGGACACAGGACUCAAUCGACUGGUAUCUGUAAAAAAGUUUGUAAGUAGUGUAAACACACUACUCCAAAGGACAAGAGAUUUAGCCUCGAACGUGCGGAGGGCCUGCGAUGAUAUGGAUUUAGAAAAACUUGUUUCGAUACCAGAAGAAAUCUGCUCAUCGGUGGGAAAUAUUGUGCGGCAAAAACGAGCGUUUAUCGAGACAGAAUAUUCAGUUUCUGUAGGGAGUAAUCAAGAUAUUUUGGACGAAAUGGAAUAUUUGGAAAAGAAAUGUGAGGACGUUGAAUUAGCGGCGGGGAAUUUGAGGAAAACAGUGACCAAAUUUUUGUUCCUGAGUCCGGCGCCGAAGUCUUUGCAGAAAAAGAGAAUCUACAAAGUUUUUGGGACUGAGGAUGAUCGCUCGGAGGACACAUUUUACUCUCCGUUUAUUGGAGGAUCAAAUCAUACCCGGACACCUUUGGUAUCACGCAGUAAAAACGACUCAAUCAGCGGAAAAGAAUCGAGGAGCACGCGCAAACUGUGGAGCAAAGAAUCACCGCUUUAAUUAAUUCGUCAGGACACGUAACUGUUUGAACGAAAAAUGUGCUAUUUCUCUGAAGAUCGAUUACUGAAGUUAUUUUCAGUAUUUCAAGAUUAUUAUAAUAAUACUCUCAAAUUGGUCAAAAGACCCUAAAUUAUUAUUUCAGACGAAAGUAUUUAUUUUCUCAUCUUUGAUAAUUCUUGUCUGAAGGCAUAAGUGUUGGAUGCAUAUGAAAAGCAACACAUAAAACACACGCAUAAGGGUCAGCACAAACAUCAUACUUAUUCAGGUGAAUCCCGAACCGUACUUGUUUAUGUUUGUAGAACAUAGAAAACCGAGAUAAAUACGAAUGUCUUCAUUUCCGUAACAAAACCGUCAGUAAUACUGGUGGCCCUUUGACUCACGAUCAAGAAAAUAAAUACGUAAAGAUAAUUUUUCCUUA